UGACGUUUCUCGCUAUUGGUUAAACAGCUGCCACUUUGUGUUGAGCAAAAAUGACUAUUACAAUCUCAAAUAGCAAGUAGUUUUUCGUUGUUAACUCAACUGUGAUUGUCUUUUUGUAUUUUUUCGCGAAAUUUCCCGUUUACGUGACUUAAGUGUUUAAUAAUUUUCUGUUAACAUGGACGAAGAUGUUGAGAAUGGAAACGACAGGUUGCAAAAGUUGGGAUUCAAGCCCCAAAAAGAAAAUGUUUACAACAAAUUCCUGCCCUACGCUGCUGACCUGGAUGAGGAAUCCACGAAAUUGUUCACUGAUAUUAAAACGAACCUUGUUAAGUCUGUUUUGGCAAGGGAAAUGAGGCCUGGAUGUGCCCUAUGGACAUCUCGGCUAAAUAAGUACAUUAAAAUUUACGGACUAAAGUUUUCAAAAGAAGAUCACAUAGCUUUAAUAAAAUUGUUUUAUGAACUUGUUAUUAUUCCUGACUUGGAACCUUCUAGAAUUAACAAAUCUGCUACAACCCUUACAAGCCUAUUAAAGAAAAAAUAUUUAAUAUCCAGAGAUGAACUUCAACUUGAUUGGAGGCCUCUCUACGAUGUCUGUGUUAGGACAAUGGAAAAAAGCAAAUCUGAUCUGGGAAUGUUUAGAUACUUUUCCACAUUCGAAAACAGCAUUUUUGAUCUUAUCAGAGCUGCUAGAAUAUAUUUUCCUGCCUCUGCCACUCAAGACAUAUUGGACGAAUUUAGACCAUAUUUGUGUCCUUUUAAUAGCGAAAUAACGAGUGCAAUUCAAUUGCUUGAGAUGUUUUUACCCAUAUGUGUUAAACCUGAAGAGGCUGACAUUAGCUACAAGUUGUGGUUAGAAGAAUUUUUGACUUUAUGGGAUGUAUGCCAUAAUGCAAGCACAUGGGAAAAUCAUAUGAUGUGGCUUUUGGCCCGCCUGAGCAUUUUCAACAUGGGUCGUAUAGAUUGGGAACCAUAUGUGUCUACAAUGUUUGCAAGAUUUAUAAGGACUCUUCAGCUGCCUGUAGUUUUUAAGCAAAAACAGCUGGGGAAACAUCACAAAAUCGACAUUUUUCCAAUUGCAAUCUGGAUAACGUCCACUUUGAAUGGAGAUAAAAAUUCCGUGUUCUAUCAAUUUGAGAAGUUCAUGCACACAUUGGAGUCAUAUUUUUAUCAGGCUAACAAUGGACGGUGGACCGGAAAGCUGCGCGAGCUAAUCCGCAAACUCUCCUACUACUUCGUGCAGCGCGUUCACUACGAGCGCUACAAGAAGCAGGUGUGGGAGAUGCACAUCGUCGACUCUUUCCGGCUCACCGACGACGACAUCGACCGCUUCGUGAACGUCAUGCGUCCGUGCGUCGAGCAGGCCAUGUUCUCGCGCAUGGGCCAGCAGGAGACCUGCUUGACGUUGCAGUACUUGGCAUCGCUGCGGCCGAACAUCAUAGUGCCCGUGACUUUGGAGAAGCUGUCCGCGUCCAUGGAUAGCUUGACGGAGCCCCACAAGCUUACGUCCUCGAUGAUGGGUGUUAUAGCUGUGGGAAGAUACAUGGUUCAGGGAAAGAACAACAACUACCCGGAGGGGCCGACGCACGUCGUGCCUCUGCUCAUGGCCCUCUUGCCCGGCAUCGACCCCAACGACGUGCGCAAAUCCUACGUCACCUUCAGCUUCAUCGUGCACUUCGUCAACAUGAUCCCGCUAAUCAACUCGUCGGACGCGCACAACCAUCACAAAGACCUGAGCGAAGAGGAGCACAUCGUGUGCGAGGCCACCGCCAACUUUGAGGAUUUCGUUCUGCAGUUUUUGGAUCGUUUGUGCACGUGGGUCGAGUCGAGUUCGCUGGAUUUCGUUCGGCUUGAGAUGGCGAACAGCAGCAACAAUAACAAGAAUAGGUCGGAGACUUUUGCCGAGACGGCUUUGGCGUCCGUGAUCACCGUGGUUUUGACGCAGUGUUCGCCAGACAUUUUUAAUGCUGCUCUAAAGAAAAUCUACAACUUCACAAGGGACAAAAUUAUGGAAAUCUACAUAUCAGGCCGCAUGCUAGCAGUGGCGUGCCACUGUUUUGCCAGGGUAAAUCCAAAGGAAACUCUUAAAUUAUUUGUGCCACAUUUGUGCGACAGAAUAAAUGAAUUGUUUAACGAAAAUUCCAACGUGCAGAAUGAAGAAAACAUUGACGACGAGCUUUUGUACAAUCUUUGCUUACUUUCAGAGUUAUUCAAUGGGCGUAGUGAGAUUUUGAAUUAUAUUGACGAUAUUAUUCCGAUAUUGGAUAGAACUUUACAUAUGACUAGCGAGAAGGCGAGCCCUCUAGCGGCGAGAUUAUUAGACUUGAUUAUGUUUAGUUUAACUUAUAUUUUACCAGUGGACGCUAAAAGUAGUCCAGUUCAUUAUGGGACGCAUGUUAAAGAUUUUCUUUCUAUAAGGGAGUGGGGUCGUCCUCAGCCAAUGAAAGACCUUAAAAUCGAGUGGUACGUUCCCGGCGAUAAGGAAAUUGCUCUAGUACAAAAAUUGCUCAACAAAUAUCUGAUCCCGGAGUUGGAAAAACUUGACAAACAUUCCAGCAGUGAAGUAACUCUAACUAGACAGGAAUUGAAAAGGACGCUGAAAAUUGUCAACUCGAUUCUUUCGUGUCAUUUCGUUUUACCCAUAUGGGAGGAACCAGCAGAACAUCUAGUUGAUUCAGUUUUGGAACCUUGGGCUUUCAAUAUGAAGGUAUCUGGCCCACAUAUAGUUACCAUGCCUGAUGGUAGAAAUGUUAGAAAAGUUGUUAGUGACACUCUGCACAAACUGCAGAAAAAAAUCCUAGAAACUGACGAGGGCGAUACUAAAAGCUUAAGAAACCUAAUACAGAUUUACAAUAUAAUUUUAUUCAACAAAAGUAACGGCCACGAUUUUGAGAUGCACUGGAAAAACUUCCACCUAAGCAAAAAAAUGCUGGAAGAUCGCCUUAUCCAAAACAAACUUCAUUUAAGGCACGUUUUAAUCGAUAGAGCCCUAUUGCACCAAGAAUUUCGCAUAGAAAGCCGCAACUGCUCGUUCAGCGCCACCCACAAACAAAUCAUGUUGGAUUUAUUCGAACUGUCCGUCUCGCGUUACAGCGAAGUUAGAAUGUAUGCGCAAUCGAAGCUGCUCUCAGUGGUGUCUCUAUUUCCCUACUCCUACACUCUGCUCAAGCCGAAAAUAGUCGAGAUACUUGGCACGGACUCCGCGGCCAAUCACGAGGCUUUCAAGGGCUGCCUCUACGUUCUGAUUGGCCCGAAGAUUUCGCCGAUCGCGGCGCGCCACGAUUGGGAGUUGAUUCGGGAUUUGUGGCCUGCGAUCGUCAAAAGUAAACCAUCGGAAAAAGUUUCGAUCAUAAAUUUGAUUGGCGGUAUCGGCGACAGCGUGCAUAGGUUCUUUCCAACAAUAGCAAUAAAACUAAUAAUACCAGACAGUUGCAUUGAGGCAGCUUUAAGUUUUUGUAACGCUGAACCAAAGGUGACAAUAGGCGAUAAUUUUAAAAAUGCCAUUGACAAUAGCAAGCAAUAUUUACAAAGUAAGUCGGAUCAAAGAAGGUUGGCUUAUGAUACCUUGCUGAAUUCGCUUUUGGACGCUUGUGAAAAUGGAAAUCUUCAUUGGCGUUACCACAUGAUGGCCUUAAACUUUAUGAGAGACCUGGUUCACUUUGACGUUAAGUACAACUCGCGUAUAGUCAAAUAUUUCCUAAAAUGCACCAUCAGCGAUUCCAUAAAAGUUCGUAAAUCCGCAAUGAGAGUGUUGGUUUUCAUCACAGUGCAAAAUAAACCGAAAUUUAAAAAAGUACCGAUAGACCCAUUUAAAUUUUCUGCCGAAAAUGGCGGGGGUAAAAAAAUUGUACCUGGAUAUAGAAGCGAUAAUGAAUGGUUGUUAUAUUCAAGCUCGAAAAUUCCCAAGAAUGAGAGUGAAUGGAAUGAACACAGGUAUGUUCAUGAUGUGUAUGCAGGGUACUAUGCAUGGCCAAAUAAGAUGGAAGUAUACGCCCCCUAUGAUGAACAACCCACAGUUUAUAAAAGAUUAGAUAACAUGAACGAUACAGAGAAAGAAAUUUAUAACUUUUUUACUAAUGAAGAAAAUAUAGCUGAAUUAAUAAAAUACAUGUCUUUGGAAGAGAAGAAGGGGCAUGAUCAGUUCAAUGCUUACAGAUAUUUGGUCUACAAGAACUUAUUCAAAAUGUAUGAAGACGCCUUACUGCCACAUUUUCUACCUCACAUCGUAAAAUUGGUAUCGGACAAGCAGGAAUCCAGUCAGAGAUGCGCUUCAGAAUUAAUAGCGGGCAUUAUCAAGGGUGCGAAACAUUGGAACUACGAAAAAUCUGAAAAUCUAUGGAAAUCCUUGAUCCCUCUCGUAAACACCGUGUUUGCAAAUAUCAGUAGCGAAGCUGUCAAUGAUUGGAGCAUUUGUUUCACCAUGGCGUUGGAAUGGAGAGAUCCGAAAAGAAAUCAUUGGAUUUUGGAGCACCUGCUGGACGACCCGCUGAAAAACCCCACAUCUUUCAUAGGUAGCGCCCGCUUACAAAUGCUUUUCAUAGCUCUAAACCAGCAACACUGGCGCAACAUCGAGUUGCACCGACGCCUGUUCGAUUAUUUCAAAAACCACCUGUCGCACCCGUUCCAAAACAUUCGCGACCGCAUCAGCAUGCUGCUCUGUUUGGUCUUGAGCACCGAUAUCACGUUCCCGGAGGGAAACAGGACGAAAGGUCCGUUGGUGAGCGAGUUUUUCGGCGAGGUGAUGCCGCAGCUGGACAGGUUGUACGGGCAUUUGUUGCAAAAAGUUAACACUAACGGCAAUAGGAAUGACGUUGAAAAAACCUGUGAAAAAUUGGCGCUUGUCGAAAUUACAUCGGAUGAAGAAAGAGAGAACGCCUUUAGAUUGUUUAAAAUUGUAUCUCGCUACAUAACUCAAAGCGUCGUCCGAAUGAACGUCUCCACCCUCCCAGAGUUCUUCGAUCUCCUACCUCUGGCAUCAGUGCUCCAGAGCAACGACACCGACGAAGAAAUCGCUCCGUGCAGCGUCAACCUGCUGGUGGUGCUCGCGCAGGCGAUGAGCGUGCCGAAAAACAUCCCGCACGCCCUCGAGGCCAUCAAGCGCGUCGCCAAAAGUCCUUUUUGGUCUGCGCGCGCCGUAAUGGCAGAGUUCCUGUCAGUCUUCGUCUUCUACAACAUGCCGUCGUUCCAUGCCAACCAGCACUGGGUGACUGAGGUUGAAAAUCUAGUAUUAGAUUUAAUUGAAGAUGUACAGCCCGAAGUAAGGGAAAACUCAGCUAAAGUACUUAGUGGGUUAUUGCAUUGCAAGUUUUUGCCAAAACCUAUGGAACUAUUGACGAAAUUCCAGUUGAAAGCAAGAACAAAACUGAAGAAGAACGUUACAAGCAAGGGUAAGGAAGUGGGCAACCUCAGGACAAGACACGCAGGCGUACUGGGCCUCUGCGCUUACAUUAGCUCGCAUCCCUACGAUGUACCUGACUAUAUGCCGUCGAUAUUCGGAGACUUGGGACCGCAUUUAAACGACCCUCAACCCAUUCCAGCAACCAUUCGUAAAACCCUAGGAGAUUUCAAGCGAACACACCAUGACAAUUGGGAGAUGCACAAGAUGAAGUUCACUGAAGAAGAAUUGUCGGUUUUAAGCGAUCUUACAGUGCCGCCCAGUUAUUAUGCUUAAUAACACAAAACUAACUAAAAAAGACCCAAUAUUUUUAUGGAAAAAUUUAAUAUACUUUUAAAGCUAUAUUUUAUAAUUUUGGAGUACUUAAUCUCUCUAUAGGUGACGGUUUACCAGACCAGGUGACUUAUUUAAUAAUAAGGUUUAAAACAUGUUUUAUACCAAAAAAUUUUAAAGAAUAUUUUAAUCGAUUUAAUGGAUAUUGAAUGAAUAAUAGUCAAAUUGUUCUUUGUUUUUUAAUGUUUUAACAUAUUGUUGACAAAUUGCAAUAAAAAUAUUUUAUUUGUUUAUAACUAUUUUUCUUUUAACUAGCGUUCAAGUCCUCCAGCAAACUUAAGCAUUUACUUUUCAGCAAGUUUAUUGAUUCCUUGAAAAUCACGUCUGGUUGCAUGGCUCCAACUGAUUCAAUAGAA